CGAUCCCCAGAGUAUCAAGAAAUCAAGCAAGGCAAGGUGAUCGAUCCUUGGAGCACAGGAGUACUAUGCAAGAAGACAGGGCCACGAGCAGCAGCAUGGACUCGUCGGAGCUGAGGAAGGUGUUCCAGAUGUUCGACAAGAACGGCGACGGGCAGAUCACCAAGAAGGAGCUGGGCGAGUCGCUCCGGAACCUGGGCAUCUACAUCCCCGACGACGAGCUCGACGCCGUCAUGGGCAAGAUCGACGCCAACGGCGACGGCUGCGUGGACGUGGAGGAGUUCGGCAUGCUGUACCGCUCCAUCGUCGGCGAGGGCCAGGGCGCCGACGGCGACAAGCGCGACGAGGAGGAGGACAUGCGGGAGGCGUUCAACGUCUUCGACCAGAACAGCGACGGCUACAUCACCGUCGAGGAGCUGCGCUCCGUGCUGGCCAGCCUCGGCCUCAAGCAGGGCCGCACGGCCGAGGACUGCCGCAAGAUGAUCAGCAAGGUGGACGCCGACGGCGACGGGCGCGUCGACUUCACGGAGUUCAAGCAGAUGAUGCGCGGCGGCGGGUUCGCCGCGCUAGGUAGAUGAUCGGAGGGGAGGAGGAUGACUUCGUUUUAGAUAUUCGUUCCUGCGGCGUGGUAAUGUGGCAAUCUGAUCGCACGUGUUGGAUUAUUUGGCUAAUUCAUUCAUGCUUCUAUUGGUUUUUGUUGGAUUAUUUUCC